AUGGCUUCUCGAGUGAUUCUUUCGCAUGCAAAGUUUCUGGGUUAUGUCGCUUUUAAUGAACUGAAUUUCGUUCGUUCGUCAGUUUCUUUCGGCUAUCGUUGCGUAAGAAAUGCCAGUUAUGUUAAUUUUUCAAAAAAAUUGACAAGAAAUAACGACUCAAGGGAAAUAACUGCAUCAACAAGUUUGGUACAAAAUGGUGUCAGAAGUUUCAGUUUACAACAUUGGCAUGGUAUAAGAGCAUCCAAACUCACAGUGGAUAAUAUCAAGGAUUAUGAUGAAAACAUUGGAUGCCCAAUCUGCAGAAGAAACAUUACCUUCACUUAUAAAGAUGUAUUAUUCUUAUCACAGUUCAUGUCUCCAAAAGGUUACAUCCUUAAUCGAAGAGUGACAGGUGUUUGCUCAAAGCAGCAGAGGAAAUUAGAGAAAGCUAUCAGAAUAUCACAAAGGCUUGGGGUUCUUCCUAAACUGUCACCAAUACUGAUAAGAGAGCUGGAAAGCCAGAAGCAGGCUCAGGAAUAAAGUCACGAGUCAAUCACAAACUUGAGUCACUGGUCACUUUGGGAUCAGCAUCCAGCUGAAUACGAUGUCUUAUCAGAAUCAUGUUUUUCACAAUUGACAAGCCCAGUCUUACUCUAGUGGUAAAAGAGUCCUCAGUCCUCAGAAAGACCUGCUGCCCAAUUUUUUUGCCUCAUGGAAAUAUUCUCCAAGAAAAAAUGGAAGCAGAAUACUAUGUUUACUAUGUCUUUGAAAUGACAACAAACUCAUUUAUAAGCAGUGAUUUCAUCACUCUUUGCAAACAAUACAAGCAUAAUAAUAUGUUUAUUUGGUAAAAUGUCAUUCAAAUAACAACAAAUUCAUUUUAAUUUUUUUGUAUGGGUUCUGCAUGACUGAAAUACCUGACAAGCUUUUAGAUGACUCAAAUAAAAAUGAUAGCACAACAUUAAAAGAUGCUUUCUUCUUUCUUC